AUGAGAGAGGAUAGUGUGCUUUGUUGUGCGCUUGAGUUUUGGAUGUUCCUAAUUAUAUGUGUGCUGCUUGUGUUAUUUGCUGGUAUCACAUCCGGACUUGCACUAGGACUCUUGUCUUUCAGCCAAGUUGAACUUGAGGUCUUCACUAAGGCUGGUCGGCCACGAGACCAGAAAUAUGCAGCAAAGAUACUGCCACUUGUUAAGAAUGAGCAUUUGCUUUUGUGCACCCUCCUUCUGGGAAAAUCAUUGGCUAUGGAGGCACUGCCCAUUUUUCUGGAUUCAAUGCUUCCAUCUUGGGCUGCCGUUCUUCUAUCGGUUACUCUUGUACUUGCAUGUGCAGAGAUCGUCCCUCAAGCUGUCUGUUCCAGAUAUGGACUAAGUCUUGGAGCAAAAAUGUCUGUCUUUGUCCGGUUCCUUCUAACGAUCUUCUUUCCCAUAUCAUAUCCGAUUAGUAAGCUGUUAGAUUGGCUCCUCGGCAAAGGGCAUUCUGCACUUUAUAGACGAGCAGAGCUAAAGACAUUGGUCGGUUUGCAUGCAAAUAAGGCAGGGAAAGGAGGAGAGUUGUCACAUCAUGAAACUACUAUUAUUACCGGUGCUUUAGAUUUAACACAGAAGAUGGCUAAAGAUGCUAUGACACCCAUUGCUGAAACCUUUUGUCUAGACAUAAAUUCAAAAAUUGACAUGCAUACAAUGGGCUUAGUAUUGAGCAAAGGUCACAGUCGAAUACCUGUCUACUCGGGAAGCCCAAAAAACAUCAUUGGCCUCAUUCUGGUUAAGAAUUUGAUCUUCAGCCGCCCUGAAGAUGAAACUCCAGUUAAAUAUAUGACUAUCAGGAGAAUACCUAAGGUAUAUGACAACUGGCCACUAUAUGAUAUACUGAAUCAAUUCCAGAAGGGUCAUAGCCAUAUGGCUGUUGUUGUUAAGUGUAAGAAGGAUGUCAAAGACACUGAGAAUAGUGCAGUAAGCAACCAUACCGUGUUGGAUAUUAACAUUAAUCCAAAAUCGAAUCAAAUGCAAGGAGAGAGGAAAGGAUUUUAUUCUCCACUUGAACAGAAAGAGCGUUUGAGUAUCUCCACAAAUUCAUCCCCUUUGUACUCUAGUGAUGCAGAUGAUCAUGGUUCAACACUAAAGAAUGCCAAGGAAGGAGCCAAAGAUUUAAAUUCACAAAAUAAAAAAUGGGAGCAAGGAAGUAAAAAAUUUUUGUAUGAAAACUUAGAUCUCCCAAGCAACUUGGAUGAGGAAGUCGUUGGAAUCAUCACAAUGGAAGAUGUUUUGGAGGAACUGCUACAGGGAGAUAUACUGGAUGAAACUGAUGAAUAUGUUGAUGUCCACAACAAGAUUAGAAUCAACCUGAGAUCUUCAAGAAGAUCAUCAUCGAGGUCUCCCAGAAGAUCUUCUGUUUCUAAUCUUUAUUGGAGAACACCAGAGCCAUCUCCACUUUCUUCAUACACUCCUAUACUUCGUUCACCCGUUUCCCCUUAUAUACAGCCACCGCUAGUGAGACCAAUACUAUAUGCCUCCCCUAGAAGAUCUAUACCAAAUUCUCCAGCCGGAUCUGCAGGCCUUGUUCGUAGCUCGCCAUCCUCCCAUCGAGUGUCGAGAAAGUUAUAUGAGAAGCUGUUACGCACUGGCAAUUCAUAAAGCUCCUAGAUGAACGAAUUGGUGUCAAAUAGCAUCAAUUAGAUAGGUUUGCAGCAUCCAAACUCCAAGGACUCUCUCUCUCUCUCUCUCUCUCCUCCCUUUUGUUUUUUUGAUGCAUAUUUAAUUUAAUCGCAUGUAUAUUCAUAUAUCGGAAAGUUCAUACUGUACAACAGUUGUAUGGAGUACGGUCUUGGUGUGGUUGUAAACGACAUCCUGAUACAUGUGGUGUCAUUAGAAGCAAUGGAAUUUCAGGGAAAGAUA